AUGUCUGUAUUUUCUGACAGUGAUUCAGAAACUGAAGUAGUUUCAAGAAAUUUAUGUGCUAUCGUGGAUAUUGGAUCAAAUGGUAUCAGAUUCAGUAUAUCAUCUAAGGCAGCUCAUCAUGCUAGAAUCAUGCCAUGUGUGUUCAAAGAUCGAGUAGGAAUAUCGCUUUACGAGAUUCAAUACUCUGAAGAUUCCUCUUUGGAGAAAAGACCAAUUCCUCACGAUAUUAUAGUAGAGAUUUGUGCUGCAAUGAAAAGAUUCAAAUUAAUUUGUGAAGAUUUUGGUGUCAGCGAAUCAAGUGUCAGGGUUCUCGCAACAGAAUCAACUAGAGAAGCAAUUAAUUGCCAAGAAUUUAUAGAUGCCAUACAUGAGGCAACAAAUUGGGGUGUUGAAUUAUUAUCUUCAGAAGAAGAGGGACGAAUUACUGCAUAUGGGGUAAUGUCAUCUUAUAAUACUGUAAAUGGCCUUUAUAUGGAUUUGGGAGGUUCCACCACACAGUUGUCAUGGAUCAAAUGUAAAGGUGGUGAAAUAGCACACUCGGCAACACCUGUAGCUUUACCUUAUGGUGCAUGGACUUUAACGAAAAGAUUAAAAUUGGAAAAUAUCAAUGAUCUCUUCCUUGAAAUAAAAAAUGCCUAUACAAAUGCCAUUCAAAAGAUUGGAGUUCCCGACCAGAUGUUUGAAGACGCUGAAAAGAAGGGUGGCUUUUAUCUAAUAGUACGUGGUGGUGGUUUUCGAGGUUUAGGUCAUUUAAUUCUUUCGCAAACUAUAGAGUAUCCAAUUCAAACUAUCAUCAAUGGAUUUUCAUCUCCAAAUGAAGAAUUUACUUCAAUGUCAGAUUUCCUGUUUUUAAAAGGUAAGGUUCCCCCACGAUCGGCUCUCACAAUAGAUAACAACUCCAGCAGCAAUAGCAGUAGUACCAUUUUUAAAGUGUCUGAAAGAAGAGCCAAACAACUACCUGCAGUUGGACUCUUUUUGAGUGCAGCAUUUGAUUCAUUACCCCAUGUUAAAUCUAUUUAUUUCAGUGAAGGUGGUGUAAGAGAAGGUACUAUAUAUUCUAUCCUACCGAGGGAAAUCAGGGGACAGGACCCAUUAAUAAUAGCCACUAGACCUUACGCACCAUUACUAGCUGAGAAAUAUCUCCAACUAUUAAGAACAGCAUUACCGGACAGCCAGAUUCCUAAAAUAAUUUCAGAAAGAAUUGCUCCUGCUUUAUGUAAUUUGGCGUUUGUACAUGCGUCAUAUCCUAAAGAAUUACAACCAACUGCUGCAUUGCAUAUUGCAACAAGGGGCAUAAUAGCAGGCUGUCAUGGUUUGUCCCAUCUGGUUAGAGCAUUGGUAGGCAUUGCGCUAUGUAAUAGAUGGGGUGGUAAUAUUCCAUAUCAAGAAGAGAAAUAUGUACGUGCAUUGGAAGACUUAGUAUUACGUGAAGGUAACAAAAUUGAAGCACAAAGAAUAAUAUGGUGGACAAAAUAUAUAGGAACCAUAAUGUAUGUUAUCUGUGGUGUCCAUCCAGGCGGGAACAUCAGAGAUGAUGUUUUUGAUUUCUACAUUAUGCAUACGAAAAAAUUGAAGCAUGAUUUCAGAGACUUGACUAUUGAUGAAGCAUUACUAUCAUCCUCCCCCAAAGCAUUAUCGCAAUCCAAUUUAAAUGGAACGUUUAUAAAUAAUCGAAAUGUCAGAGAAUUUGAAGUUGUUGUAAGGAUCAGUAAAGAUGAUUUAAAGACAAGUGCAUCUGUCCGUUCUAGAAUUAUAACCUUACAGAAAAAGGUAAGGAAACUAUCUAGGGGAAGUUCAGAAAAGGUUAAAAUCGGGGUUCAGUUCAAAGAUUAA